AUGGCAUCCAAUGAAACCUUUACUGUAGGGUGGAUCUGUGCCAUCCAACAAGUAUAUGAGGCAGCUUGUGCGAUGCUAGAUGAAGACCUUGCAGGUCCAGAAUUAGCAGAGCAAAAUGACAGCAAUACAUAUUUCUUUGGCAGGAUCGGCAAACAUCGCAUCGUGAUUAGCUGCCUCCCAUCCGGCCAGAGGGGUACAACUCCAGCCACUCGCCUUGCCAAAGAUAUGAUGCGAUCUUUUCCCCAGCUGAGAUUCUUGUUGAUGGUGGGCACAGCAGGCGGUGUACCAAUAAAGGGGCGGGACAUCCGCCUCGGUGACGUUGUCGUCAGCGAGCCAAAUGCAGACUCUGGAGGCGUCUUUCAGCAUGAUUCUGGAUACCAAGACCGAGGUCUUGACCGAGCUGGACACCUCAAUUCUCCGCCGGCAGUACUUCUCAGUGCGCUACCCGAAGUAAAGCGAAGACACAACAAUCCGGCGAGAUAUGGAGGAAUAGACCAACAUUUGAAGCUUCUAAGCGAAGAUUCACGCUUCCAGAGGCCAGAGAAUGAUUACUUGUUCAAAGAUGACAGUUACCAUGCUGUUUCAGAAAAAAAUUGUUCACAGUGCAAAAUGAAGGACCUCGAUGUGCGUCAGCCACGGAACUUGAAGAGAGAUGUCGACGUUUUUUACGGCACUGUGGCAUCCGGAAACACAGUCAUGAAAGAUUCCAAAGAAAACUAUGUGAGCUAUGGCGAGAUGGAAGGUAGGUACGUGCUCUGUUUUGAGAUGGAGUCUGCGGGCCUCAUGAACGACUUUCCAUGUAUCGCGAUACGAGGGAUAAGUAACUAUGCCGACUGUCAUAAGACUGACGAAUGGGAAUACUACGCAAGUGCAACAGCAGCAGCUUAUGCCAAAGAGCUUCUCUUGGUAGUGAAGCCCAUAAAAGCGAAGCCUCUUUUCACGGAUUCCAUGAUUGCUGAAAUCGCGGCCAGUAUCCGUCACAGAAUCGACUCAGGAAUCAUUCUCGAUGAAGCAGCGCUGGUGGAACUGCUUCAACAACCACGGGCUACCGAGAUGUUGUGUCAUAAAGAGAGCAGCGAGCAUGAAGGUAGUGAAACGGCUGUGGGCUCCAUCAACUCGUUUGACUCGACAACACCAACGGUAAUAUUGGUGAAACAACUGAAGUGA